GAGGUCCACGGCGAGGCUCCCGCUUCCUCCAGGAGAAGAGCAGCGUGUUGUGGAAGGUGCGCCGCGGCCGCGCCGUGGACUCGGACGGCGGCCGAGGCGAAGUGCGUGCUGCAAUCCUCAAAGCCACCAUUGCCCCCUCUGACCGUCCCGCGUGCCUGUAGCCCGGCACUGUGCCUUCAACUGGGGGGCAGCAGUCCCAGCCCCUCCGCCGCCUCUGUGCUCCUGCUCCUCCAUCCAGACCUUCAGUUGGAGGCCCAAUGAGGAAGCUAAGGAGGACAGGGGGAGGGCAGUGCUGCAAGGACCUGGCAGGUCUGAGGCAUCAGGGGAAUUCCAGCCAGUCUUCCGGGUGCCCAGAAGCACCUCGUCCCUGUGCAGUUGGGGAGCCAGCAGGACAUUCUACCACACGCUGCUGACUCCAGAAGCCCAGGACCUGAGACCACAGCCCACAGCCAUGGUGGGCCCUAGGCACCCAGUGUCAGUACGGGCAGCAGCUCUGGUGCAGAUAGAGAAGCUCCAAAUGUUCGCCUUCUCUGUGUGCUGGUCGGAUGACAGCAACACCUUGGUGCGGAGAAGCUGGGACGAAUUUAGGAGGCUCCAUAAGAUCCUCAAGGAGACCUUCCCGGUGGAGGCAGGCCUGCUGCGGAGAUCCGACCGAGUUCUCCCCAAACUUCCGGACGCAUCUCCAUCACUGUUGGCGCGUGGGGGGCGCACAGGCCGCGGCCUGGCGCGCCUGCGGUUGCUGGAGACCUAUUCUCGGGCGCUGCUAGAGGCAGAGCGAGUAUCCAGGGGGCCGGCGCUCAUCGCCUUCUUUGAGCCGCAGCUCCAGGACCUGGAGCCUUCACUACCGCCUGGCAGCCUGGUGAUCUUGCCCGUCCUGGAAGAGCCCCCACCCCGCCCUGUGGGCAGUCUUGCCAUAGGCAGCCUGAAGGCUCUGAGCCUGCACUGUCUGCAGCCCUUCAGUACCCAGGAUACACGGGGCCAACCCUUCCAUGCGCAGGCCCAGGAGGCCCUAGACGUGCUGCUGCGACACCCCUCAGGUUGGUGGCUGGUGGCUAAUGAAGACCAGCAGACGGCAUGGUUUCCUGCUCCCUAUUUGGAGGAGGUGGCCCUGGGCCAAGGACAAGAUGGGAGACAGCCCUUCGGGAGUAGCGGCUCCCAGUUCUGUGCUUCCCAAGCCUAUGAAGGCAGCCAGGCCGACGAGCUGUCAGUGCCUGCGGGGGCAAGAGUGCGCGUGCUGGAAAUGUCGGACCGAGGCUGGUGGCUGUGCAGGUUCGGUGGCCGCACAGGUCUUCUCCCCUCUGUGUUACUGCAGCCAGAUGGGCUAGGCAUGCUCCUGGAUGGGACAGGGCUCCAUUCUGGGGCAGAGGGUGGAGAGAACAGGGCGGGGGAGGCCCAAAGCUCCCCUGAGUCCCCCCAGGUCAUGACACUUCCUCCUACUGUGCCAGCCCGCCCCCUGCUGAGUGCCAUUCAGAACCGCUGCUGCACUAUCACCCGUAGGGCACUGGGGAGGGACCCACGGAGUCAGGGACAGCCUUGAGGGUGUGUGGAACCACAUGGAGAGAGUGCUGUGUACCUCCCCGCCCCCAGGGCAGGGGGAGGUGUGUUUGAGGGUGGGACUCUGGCUGGCAGGGCCAGGAAGCUACACUCUCCCGUUUCCUCUGAGAAAAGUUCUGAUUAACCCACACUCAGCGUCCACGCUGAGGGGCAGGGCCUGUUGGAUUGCACAGGCCAAGGCACAGGGAUGAUGUCUGGCCAAGGUUGUAGCCUGGGACCUGGGGUGAGACAAAAGCCUAACAGACACAGGGAACUGGGAUAAAACCUUCUGGUGUUUCAACAAAAAACAAAAAUAAAAAACAACA